AUGAGUGGCGAUGUGAUGUACGAUGCGCCGCCGAGAAAACAUAACGUUGCGAAGAUGAGAGUCCACGAUUAUUUAUAUGACUCGGCGUUCAUCGUGUCGGGAGCGCGUGACUACGCUCGCACCGCUUUCAAAGCAGCUAUGGCAUCAGCUCAAGUCGUUUUACAGCCAGUGUACGGCAGCAUGUUUUCUGAGUUAAGUCUCCGACCGAGAAUGAAAGUCGUAUAUCACCCAAACUGCCGUCUGCCGAACCAUAUCGACAGGUCGUACAGUGCCUACCUGGACCGCGUGAAGGAAGGAAAGAGCCUCCCUAACCCUGAGUUUAGUGGCAAGGACUCGUACAAGUAUACUGCUGUUCCAAAACGUGUGUUGGCUGUGCACACGACGAGUCCAGACUUCAGGCCGAAUACACCAACGUUUCCGAUACUGACACAUACUAAACCAAGGAACAGAGGCACGCAGAGCAAGUACAGGGAGUCUUCAGCGCAAACAAUACCGUGGCAACCUGACGGGAAGCCGGCCAAGCAAUGCGAGAACACACCAGAAGUACUAUACCUUGAUAAACUGGAAUGGGGUCCUGGUAUGCCGUACCGUGUCGGAGAUCUUCCAGCUGACUUCUACACCACUGCUAUCAUUAAUAAGAUGCGUCACGCCCGAGCUUGGAUGGACCUGGUGGAAGCUGGCCAGUUCCCCAGCUGGAUGAAGGACAGAGAUAGCAUCAUCAAUGAUGUUGUGGUCAAGGACUGGCUCUUUAGGGAAGGGGAAAUAGAUGAGUUACAAGAUAUACGACUGGAGUUACUGCACCGUCUCCAGUCGGAUCAGAGAGCGAAGCAGACGAGCAAAAACAGCAUGAAGCUGGCCAAGCUCUGGGCUUCCAAGAAGCAAGAGAUGGAACGGAAGAUGACUCAUAUACGGAAGACCAGAGAUCGAGAACUCCGAAAACUAGUAGCCCUACACGAGGGUGGAGGUCGAGCAGGGCUGGUCGCUCGUCUAAGGUCAGCCCGGGGCGCAGGUUCAGUCGCCUUUGCCUCUAGAGAUCCGACAUCAGACCUCCAUGCUCCGCUGGCCAGGCACGGCUACCAGGCGCGCCGGAGACAUGCGGAGAUUCUCUAUGACCCUGGAUUAUUGUCUCUGGAAGACCACAACGCAUUAGCCGAACCGCCACCAUGGCUAGACUCCUGCGGCCAGGAUCUCACCAAGUCCUGUUCCGGACACCUCCUUCCAAGGGAUCCCACUGUCCUAUGUGAACGGGAGACCAAGUGGAGCGAACAGUUCCUGGAGAACCUUCAUAAUGAUCUGAAGAAAACUCGUCUCGGAGCCGCAAAGAUGACAGCAGGUCCGCUCCACGUGUUGAAAUCACGCAAGGAGUGCUUCGUCGCCAGGCCCAGGACGCCUGAGGUGGAAUCCUUGGACGACUUCGAGGAAUCAGAACACCAGGCCGCGCUGGUGCUGCAGAGGAUCAUCAGGGGCAGAGCUGUACAGAAUUUGAUGUACGAAGGUCGCACGCGAGCUGCGGAGUUGACUGAAGAGUUGAAGACCACGCAUGGUCUCCAGAAGGAAGAUAAAGUCAGGAUAGCAAAUGAAGAGUCGAAGGCCAGGGAAUUCAAUGCUAGGAGGACGGAGACUGAACUCAGGGAGGACACCAUAUCAGCUCUAGUGGACGAGCUGUGCGGUGGAGCCGUGUCUGCUGCGCUCGACUUCUUGGAGAAAGAGCUUCGAAGGCUCAAGGAGGAGAGGAGACAACAUGCCUUCCUGAUGAUUGCUUUACGUGAGAAGACGAUGCGAGAAGCGGCUGAAGCUGGUAGAAGGCAGAGGGAAGAACAUCGCAGAAGGGAACAUGAUGAGAUGUUCAAACAGAUCCUAGGAGUGACCCAAGGCACAGUGGAGGCCUACCUCCAAGAGAUUAUAGAUGAGGGCGUAGAACUGGCUGCUGAGGAGGACGCCAGCGAGAGGGCGAAGGACCAAGCUAUGAAAUAUCAUGAUACGCUCAUUGACAAUUCUGAGUUAACAACAGCCACUACCAAUGAAAUGGUAGCCGAGCUGGUCCAGCAGUUCCUUCUACCACACGCCACUAAGACAGCGACCAGACAUCGCAUCAAUAUGCUGCAGAAUUCCAGCUUGGAGACUGCCAGGAGCACCAUCUUUGGACUUAUUAAUAAUGCCGAGGCUAAGAGAGAUAUAUGUACGCGUUGUGGCGAAAUGUUGGACGACAUGUGUAGAUGUCGCAAGUGCCCUAUUAAGGUGGAGCCCAAAGAGAUGCCAUAUCGCCACGAUCCGCGCUGGAAACUAUCCAGAUAUCGCACCAAACCUCCGGAGAAGUCGUUUGCUGAGCGGUUUCCGUUGGAUCAUGAACUGCGUUGUGUGCUUACUAACUUACUUGAUGAUGUUGUGCAAAUAUCGAGAGCCGAUAAGGCAGAAGCGAUGGAAACUCGACGGGAGAUCAAGGGCAUAAUCGAAGAACGCAUGGAGCUCACCCUGGAUGCCAAACACAUUGUAGAAUGUGGUCCCAAAGAACUGCCGUCGGAGCUCAGACGGAAGGCUGAGGCGGAAGCCAUGGUGGUACAUGGGUCUACAUGCCUUUGCGACGUUGAGAUAACAGGCAGGCCUAGCAGGAUUCAAUUCAAUGUCGCUGCGUUGUCAGACGAUGAGAAGAAGAAGCUUCUACCUUCAGAGCUGAGGGAAUACGAGGAGUGGAAGAAAUGCAAGUGUGAUGCUGAACUCAAAGCCGAUGCUGAUGGUAAAGCCCAUGUAGAUGAUGCGAUGACGGAUUACACGGAAGCGACGGAUUACACGGCUUUCACUUACACUGAUGAAGUGGGAGAGGAUGAUGAGGAAGAAGAAGAGAAUUAG